GACCCCAAGCUGUGAUCUGAAGAAAACAAGAAAAGAAGCAGUAUGUUGUGCCCCAGCGUCUUCCAGCCGUCCGCCGUCGCCAUGACACCGUUUAUGGACAUGCACUGGCCCGUCCGCAGCCUGUGGCCUGAGGCGCGUCCUCUCUUCUACCACAUCGAGCAGGAGAUGCUCCGCCAUAUGCAGGAGAUGCGACAGAGCAUGGAGUACAUGGAGCGGCUGCACCAGAAGAUCUUCGACGAGAUCGACCACACGCCGGCAUCCGCCACCUUCAAACCCAUCGCCUUCCACGAGCUGAGGCCCAGCAGCGGCAGCUUUGCGCUCAGCCUGGACACCAAGGAGUUCUCCCCUGAGGAGCUAUCGGUCAAGCAGGUGGGCAGGAAGCUGAGGGUGAGCGGCAAGACGGAGAAGAAGCAGGACGACGGAAAGGGUUCCUAUUCGUACAAGUGUCAGGAGUUCAGGCAGGAGUUUGACUUGCCGGAUGGCGUCGACCCUGAGACCGUCAGCUGCUCACUGGUGGGAGGUCAGCUGCAGAUCCAGGCGCCACGGGAGAAAGCAGUCAGUGACGGUAAGGCGAGAGUGGUGCCCAUCACCGUCACGUCCACUCCGGCAAUCACAACGUCCACCGUGUCCUCUGAGGGGUCAGAGGUCAAUGGCCCUUCUUCGACAGAGAACUGAGAAUUACAAGUGUGAAACCUCUUCUUUGUUUGAAUCUGAAUCAAAAAAGCCUGUUUUAAAACAAAUUCAACCAGCCAACAAGUAUGGACAAUAUGAAAGCACUGAGUCGCUUUCUAUUUCUAAAAAUGAUGGAUGAUGCCUUCACUGACAUUCUUUUCUUUGUGUAUGUAUGCAUGUCACAGCACUGUCAAAAUAAGUUGUUUUGAUCAAAUGUGGCGCCCUUUUAAAAAAUAAAUGUUUUUCAGUACACAAAGUGUACAAAAUGGUGUUCAAAAUGUUGAAUAUAGAAAUAAACAAUAGUGAUAAUAGAUACAUGUAAAUGUAAUU